AUGACGACAUCAGUCGCAAAACUGUGGACACCGACAUCAGCUGGGGCUGCACAGUUCCUCCUGGUCGUCUCUGACUAUCUUUGUUUUGUUUUGGUCGUGGCCGUGCUCCACGCGGAGGCCCUUCGCCAAUACGAGACGCUCAGCAUCUCUGUUGGUGAAGAGCGUGAGUCUCCGUGCACAGUGAGCAACGGUGUCGCCUUGUGCGACUGCUCUACUGGAACCUCUGCAUCCGCGACGAAACUGACGGCCCGGUUGUCCACCACAGUCAACACAAUUCAACUCACCUGCGCAAAUGCUGAUGUGGGGAUGCCUGAUCCCAUGGAAUCGGAUAUGGUGUGUCCCGUGGAUAGUCCGGACCUGUCACAGUGCAAGCCUGCAGGACGGGCGCUACAAGCACAUAAAGCCGCGAACCAAGCCUUCCCAAUAACCCAGCUUCUGAAUGGUGCCACGGAUGCUUCUCUGACGUGGCAGCAACAAAAACUUAAGAAAAUCUACGCGCUCGAAAUCCCGCCGAACUUGUUUCCGUUGACAGAUCAACAGUUCGGCGUGGGCUGCGGGAAGAAAGGUACAAAUACGUCGUGUAAAGUGAAGGUGACCGUUGCAGCGAAACCCUCUGCAUCCGUAAACCAAAUCGUCAGCUGCGCAUACGGGGCCGACAGUAAUACCGGGACCGCGCUUCAAUCAGUGACGAUUUCGCCGACGCAUCCAAGCGUCACACUCGACUGUGGUUCUGCCGGCGUUGUGCAGCCUGAGGAUCACACCACCGAGCACUGUCCAGCAGGAGCCCCGGUCCAGCAUAAAUGUGACCAGCCAUACACAUCCAUCUUUAAGGAUUUUCAGCCGAGCUGGUGGAGCGGUGACACUGAAACAUCUCACAAAGCAACGUUAACCGUACCAAAUGAUAAAUUCCCAGUCGACGAACAGAAGUUUGUCGUCGGGUGCAAGUCCCAGGAAACGAUAAAUGGGGGAGAGAGCACUGCUGGCUCGACCGUAUGUAGCGUGGAAGUGACUGUCUUAGGAACAAGCGAAAUGUCGAGUGGCGGAGCGAACACCCCCUCCGUGCUUGUGACUGCCGGGGUUAGCGUGGUGGCUGCAUACUUUGCUUUUGCUUCUUUGGAAGCGGCGUUCCUGCAAGAUUACUUCUCUGUUACGAGCUAG